UCCUAGCAAUUAUUCGCUAAGGACUUGAGAAGUAUUGCAAAUAUGGUAGUUUCAGUAGUAUCUGCCAUAAUCCUGUGUACUUUUGUGCCCUAUAGCGGCGCCUUCCUUGUGAAGGACUCGAUUGAUCUCCCACAGCCGGUGAAUGGGCUGUCAUGGACGUUCUACGGUAGAAGUUGCCCCCAGUUGGAGUUGAUUGUGAAGGAGCGCAUUGAAUUUUAUUUGAAGAAAGAUAUCACCCAAGCAGCCGGAUUGCUCAGACUACACUUCCAUGAUUGUUUUGUCCAGGGUUGCGAUGCAUCCGUAUUAUUAGACGGAUCAGCCAGCGGGCCAAGCGAGCAGGAUGCUCCGCCAAACUUAACCCUGAGGGCCCAGGCAUUUGCCAUUAUCAAUGACAUCAAAAAGAGGGCGGAAUCUGCCUGCAAGGGAACUGUCUCCUGCUCAGACAUCUUAGCUCUUGCCGCUCGUGACUCCGUCACCAAGGCUGGAGGACCCUUUUAUCCUGUACCGUUGGGUAGAAGAGACGGGUUGAACUUUGCCAGCCAACAAGCAACUCUUGACAGCUUACCUCCUCCAACAUCAAAUGUUACGGGACUGAUGAGUGUUUUAAGCAAGCUGGGGCUGGAUUUGAAGGACCUUGUGGCGCUAUCAGGAGGACACACCAUUGGUAUUGGGCACUGCUCGUCUUUCACUAGCCGUCUGUACCCAGCUCAGGAUUCCACUUUGGAGAAAAACUUCGCCAACAACCUGAAAAACACUUGCCCAAAAAGCGAUACAGACAACUUUACUGACCUGGAUUUGAGGUCCCCAAAUGCAUUCGACAACAAGUACUAUGUGGAUCUGAUGAACAAGCAAACUCUUUUCACCUCUGACCAGACGCUAUUCACUGACCACAGAACUAGUGACAUUGUGAAAAGCUUUGCACUAGACCAGAAUUUGUUCUUCAACAGCUUUGUUGCGUCGAUGAUCAAGAUGGGCCAGCUGAACGUUCUGACAGGGAGUCAAGGCCAGAUUCGCAGAAGCUGCAAUGUUCGCAAUCCUACUGCUGCGUAUACUUACGAAUACCCUUCAAUCCAGUCUUCUGAAUACGCGGAACAGUCUUUAUCUGCCUCUUUGUGAAACCCAGUUCUAAUGCCUACCCAUCAGCCUAAACUCUCGUUUAGCUAGGAAUAAUGUAUAGCUCCGUCUAUGCAAUCCCUCUUUUAGUGCUAUAUUCCAGUUAUAUGACAACAAGAGUAACUCUUUGAGCGAGUUCUCCCUGGAUGAUCCUGAUUGCAUUUGUUUGUGAUUGGCAAGAUCAUGUGUAUGUAAAAAAGUGGUGAGAAUGAUACCACGGUCCAUUCAAAUCACCCUGAAAUUAUUUUCUUUUUCAUCUGGUCUCUAAUCAAUAUAAUGUUGUUGAACGGAA